AUGGAUGAGCGUGAAAUAGAUCUACUAUAUGAUAACUAUUAUUUUAAAUUGAACAAAAAGCUUCAAAUUAUAACAGGUCUUUGGCCAUACAAAUCACGAAAAUACAAAUUAGGCAUUCGAGCCGUAGUGUACGCAACUUUGUCUCUUGUGAUGAUUCCUCUCUGCAACGGUUUUCGAACGUGGUGUGGUGUCAACUUAGAUAUAUGUGGCGAGAAUUUAGUGGGAAUCUGUUAUACAAUGCUUAUUUUUCUAAAGUACUGGGUCACAACUCAUAGUGAAGAAAGACUUAAAAAUGUGUAUAGACUUGUAGCGAAAAAUUGGAUGGAAAUCACUGAUCCACAUGAGCAUGAAAUUCUAGUUGACUAUGCCAAACAAGGAAGAUUGAAGACUAUAGGGUAUACAGCAUACGUGGUUGUUGCUGGAAUUGGAUUUUGUCAAAUACCAAUGAUAUCCGUUAUUUUAGAUAUCAUUAUACCAUUAAAUGUAUCUCGUACAAAAAUCCUUUUUAAAGGAGGCGAAUUCAUCUUAGAUCCAUAUCAACACUUUUACAAACUUUAUGUAUAUUUUGUCAUAACUUCUUUCGUUAUCAUGACUAUCAUCAUCGCAAUUGACACAAAUUAUACGAUAAUUAUUCAUCAAAUACUUGGACUUCUCACCAUCGUAAAACACCGACUUCAAAGGUUGGCGAUUCCUAUGAAUUUAAAAAAAGAUAAUAGCUACCACGCUAUCAUAAAAGCCAUACAUUUGCAUAACGAUGCGCUUCAGUUUGUUGAUCUGAUUGAAUCAUCAUAUUCAUGUUUAUUUCUUGUUUUCAUUGGUUUCACGAUAAUCAUCAUCAGCAUCAGUACUUCUAUUAUGAUGGCGCAAAUAGGAAAACUUCUAAACAUGAUAAGAGUCGCUAUGUUUGUGUUGGGAGCUUCAUUGCACUUUUUAUAUAUUAAUUGGACAGGGCAACAGAUGAUUGAUCAUAGUAAAGAACUGUAUUUAAAUGUAUAUUCAAAUGAAUGGUAUAAUCUAACAAAAGAAGCAAAAACACUAUUGAAAAUUGUCAUGCUAAGAUGUCUAAAACCUAGUAAAUUUACAGCCGGGGGCUUGUACACCUUGAAUCUUGAAAGUUUUGGAACCAUCAUGGAGUCCGCACUAACUUACGUCGCUAUUAUGUCUUCAUUUCGUUAA